AUGCACAAAUAUCGCGCAGCUGCCAAACAAGCAGCCUGGUAUAGCGAGGAAGAUGGUCCUACAAAUUACAACCCUUUUGGCAAAACCAGAACACGAAACAAGGAUCCAAAUCAAGCCGACGAGGAGAACACAUUGCGACCUCCUCCUACAAAUCGCUCCGAGAGCCAGCUCACUCCUUCCAUCGAGCUCCAGCGAAGAUCACAGAAUGUAAACGCAUUUCAGCCGCCCAAACAUGCAGAAACAAUGCCCUCUUCUUUCCAGUCUUCUUCUGGAAAGUCGCCUGUGGAAGGUGCAUCUGCAGUGAAAGAUUUUAGUCGAGACCAUGAGCAGAGUCAGGAUUCUGGGACAACGGAGAGUUCUACCGUGGUCGAUUCAGAAGCCAAGUCCGAUGAGAAAGACGGAAAGCCAAGACGGAGAUUCACAAAGAGAUUUCCGUUCGUGAGCAGACCCAAGGAAGAGGAGGACGGGGAGAAAGCUGAGGAAGUGAAGAAGACGCGAACACGCUCGGGGAUGUGGGCGAAAGAAACGCAGACUUUCACAGUUGCAUCUCAACUGAAGGCUACUCUAUUCAACUCCUGGAUCAAUGUCUUGUUGGUUUUCGUUCCCAUCGGCAUCGCCGUCAAUUUCGCAAACGUUCCCAAGGUCGGAGUCUUCGUGAUCAACUUUAUUGCCAUCAUCCCUCUUGCCGCUAUGCUGAGCUAUGCAACGGAGGAGAUCGCUCUACGGACUGGGGAGACGAUUGGGGGUUUGUUGAAUGCAACAUUCGGCAAUGCUGUCGAAUUGAUUGUGUCCAUUAUUGCGUUAAUCAAGGGCGAAGUGGAUAUUGUGCAGGAAUCCCUGAUCGGCAGCAUGUUGUCGAAUCUCCUCCUCGUCAUGGGAAUGUGCUUUUUCUUCGGAGGCAUCAACCGUGUCGAGCAGCAUUUCAACAUCACAGUUGCGCAGACAGCUUCAAGCUUGCUAUCUCUAGCUGUUGGGAGCUUGAUCAUUCCUGCGGCUUUUCAGGCGUGGGCGGAUGGGCUUCAGUCUCUGAAAUCAGAGAGAAUUACCCAGCUUUCGCGCGGAACCGCCAUCCUACUCCUACUGGUGUACGCAGCCUAUCUCUUCUUCCAACUGAAGACUCACGCGUCAAUGUAUAACGCACCCAGCACAAAGGUCGAAAAGCGGCGGACCAGAGUAGAGGAAGGGGACUCCAUUAGAGGAUUGGCCAACAUAGGUGCGGGCAUCUCGGCUUCUAUGGGCGGGUCAGCCACCCAGGAGACGCCCAUGCGAGAACCAGAAGAUAAAGAACUUCCUCAAUUGAGCAAAUGGGUGGCUCUUUUCACCCUUGCCGCUUCGACUGCGCUUGUCGCCAUCUGCGCCGAAUUCAUGGUUGAUAGCAUCAAUGCCAUCACUCAGGGUGGGCAGGUCUCCAGAACCUUUGUGGGGCUGAUCCUCCUUCCCAUCGUGGGGAACGCAGCGGAGCACGCAACAGCAGUGACGGUAGCUUGCAAAGAUAAGAUGGACCUAGCCAUCGGAGUCGCGAUCGGAUCAAGCAUGCAGAUCGCUCUACUUGUCAUUCCUUUCACCGUGGUUUUGGGCUGGAUCAUGGGUAAUGCAAACAUGAACCUUGCCUUCGAUGGUUUCCAGAUUGCCGUGCUUUUCGUUGCUGUUUUGCUGGUCAACUAUCUCAUUCAGGAUGGAAAAUCACAUUGGUCAGUCUUCGAGUAUGAUCUGUCCAGUUCAAUCUUCUGA